AUGAAAGUCGCCGCCUCCCCGCUCGUCCUCUUCACGCUCGUCACCACCGUGCCCCUCAUGGCGUUCAUCCUCCUACUGACGCUCCUCCCCACGCCCAAGUCCGCGCUCAACGCCACCAACAAUGCGCUGCGCCACCGUCUCAGGGCACGCAUUUCCCUAACGACUGACGACGAGAUGGUGUUACGGCCGGCGUUUGCGCCGCUGGAAGCGUGGCUGGAUGUCGAUGAGAGGGAUGGGAGGGAUGAGAGGGAUGAGGGGAAGAGGGUGGUGGUGGAGCCGCUGCUGGGAAUGCGGCCGCAGCUGGCGGAUGGCAGGGCUGGGGAGGUGCGUGAUUGGUGCUGGAGGGGCCUGGGAGGGGUGGGGGGGAUUGGUCGGGCUUUCGGUAUUGAUGCGGGGUUGAGCGGGUUCUUGUAG